GCACCUCCGCCCAGCGUUGCGCUGCCUGGCCGCCUCCGCUGGACCGUGCCACACUGAGCCGGCCGCCGCGCUCCCUCCCAUGCGCGGCGCUGCGCCGCCCGCGGAGGCACCGGGACGUCCGCGCUUGCCCAGGAGCUGCCGCUGUAUAAAAGAAAAUGUCAGUCAGCAUGCAUGAAAAUCGCAAAUCUAGGGCCAGUACUGGCUCCAUAAACAUAUACUUGUUCCAUAAGUCAUCCUAUGCUGAUAGUGUCCUUACACACCUGAACCUUCUGCGUCAGCAGCGCCUCUUCACAGAUGUACUUCUCCAUGCCGGGAACAGGUCAUUCCCCUGCCACAGAGCCGUUCUAGCUGCUUGUAGCCGCUAUUUUGAAGCAAUGUUCAGCGGAGGACUGAAAGAGAGCCAAGACAGUGAAGUCAACUUUCAUAAUUCAAUUCACCCAGAAGUCUUGGAGCUUCUUCUGGACUAUGCAUAUUCCUCAAGAGUUAUCAUCAACGAGGAGAAUGCAGAGUCACUGCUGGAGGCUGGUGACAUGCUGGAGUUUCAGGACAUUCGGGAUGCUUGUGCAGAAUUUUUGGAGAAAAACCUUCACCCUACCAACUGUCUUGGUAUGCUGCUGCUGUCAGAUGCUCACCAGUGCACCAAGCUGUAUGAACUCUCUUGGAGGAUGUGCCUUAGCAACUUUCAGAGUAUCAGUAAAAGCGAAGAUUUCCUCCAGCUGCCAAAAGACACGGUAGUGCAGCUCCUUUCCAGCGAAGAACUAGAAAUUGAGGAUGAAAGACUGGUGUAUGAAUCAGCUAUCAACUGGGUCAACUAUAACUUGAGUAAGCGUCACUGUUACUUGCCUGAGCUAUUGCAGACAGUGAGGCUGGCCCUCUUGCCAGCCAUAUACCUUAUGCAGAAUGUGGCCACAGAAGAACUUAUCACCAAGCAAAGAAAAAGCAAAGAGAUUUUAGAAGAAUCAAUAAUAUGCAAGUUAAAAAUCUUACAGAAUGAUGGAGUGGUCACUAGUUUGUGUGCCAGACCCCGUAAAACUGGUCAUUCACUUUUUCUUUUGGGUGGCCAAACCUUUAUGUGUGACAAGCUGUACCUGGUGGACCAAAAGGCAAAGGAGAUCAUUCCAAAGGCUGACAUACCAAGUCCACGGAAAGAGUUCAGUGCUUGUGCCAUAGGCUGCAAAGUGUAUAUCACUGGGGGACGAGGGUCAGAAAAUGGAGUCUCCAAAGAUGUGUGGGUGUAUGACACCCUUCAUGAGGAGUGGUCGAAGGCUGCUCCCAUGCUAGUAGCUCGGUUUGGGCAUGGCUCUGCUGAACUUAAGCACUGUUUGUAUGUAGUAGGAGGGCACACUGCAGCAACUGGUUGUCUUCCAGCUUCUCCUUCAGUAUCCUUAAAACAAGUAGAGCAAUAUGACCCUGUGACCAACAAAUGGACUAUGGUUGCCCCACUGCGAGAGGGAGUAAGCAAUGCAGCAGUAGUCAGUGCAAAGCUUAAGUUGUUUGCUUUUGGAGGUACCAGUGUCAGCCAUGAUAAGCUGCCUAAAGUUCAAUGCUAUGACCAAUGUGAAAACAGAUGGACAGUACCAGCCACCUGCCCCCAGCCUUGGCGCUACACAGCUGCAGCUGUUCUGGGUAACCAGAUUUUUAUUAUGGGUGGAGAUACAGAAUUCUCUGCAUGCUCUGCUUACAAAUUCAACAGUGAGGCAUACCAGUGGACUAAGGUGGGAGAUGUGACAGCUAAGCGAAUGAGCUGCCAUGCCGUGGCAUCUGGAAACAAAUUGUACGUGGUUGGAGGCUACUUUGGCAUUCAGAGGUGCAAAACAUUGGACUGCUACGAUCCCACGUUAGAUGUAUGGAACAGCAUAACAACUGUGCCCUAUUCAUUAAUUCCCACAGCAUUUGUCAGCACAUGGAAGCACCUCCCCUCAUAAUUGCAUGUAUGUUGCAAUUACAAAUUAUCAGUUUCCUCUUUUACUUGGAGAAGAGAAUUGGAACCUCAGUUGUGGAGAAACGGUUUUAAUGAAGAAAAAUCAUCCAACGUCUCUUGCGUUUGAAGAAAAUCAUCUGCACCUUGUAAAUUAUAUAACCUAGACAUGAAGGAGUGGGAGAAGAAAAUCUGUCUUCAGUACUUCAGCACAUGGUUUAAAUAUGAAUGGAUGAGCCUGUGAUCUGGUCCUUAUGCUGGUAGUUGUGAAUUAAUGCCAAUAUUAAUCAGUCCUUCAGAGAAUUAAAAAAAGGAGCCAGAACUCUGAGCUGUGAGAGCACACAGCACUCUAUUUCCAUGUUUGUAUGUGAAAUUUGAGAUGGGUGUCACCUCUCUUUCUGGAAGUUUGAAGUGCCAAUGCCAGCUGCAGGGAAAGCAGGCCAGGUCUGAAGUGACAAGAUGCUGCUGUGAAUGAAGAUACAGCAGUAUGUUGCUAAACUCUACUUGUCUGUGGGCAGUGCCUACUGCAUCUCUGACAUCCCACCCUGUGUUGUCUUGUGUGCAGUGAGUGACUUUCCACUUGAUAUGGAACAGCCCCAGUGGUGAAAUGUUUUUGCAACAGUGGGGAAUGAAAACAAUAUCCUGCAAAUGUUCCUUCUUCCUUUUCCUCCCUGUGUUUGGAAGUAAUUCAAACUGUCCCAUUCCUGUUAUGUUACUUGUAGAUACAGUUAUUUAUUGUUCAGUGCUUGCAUGCUGAAACAAUGCCUGCAAUUGUCAUGUUGCAAGGGCUUGUGUGAAUUGUUGUAUGUUUUGCACAUUCUGUGAUUGCUGACUUGCUCUGCUGCACAAAGAAAGAAAAUUGUUGGCUUACGGUUAGAGGUGGAAAGAAGCAGUGACUUUCCGUUCAGAAAUGGAAGGAUUACAAGACAGAAUCUUAAAUCAUAUGUGUACUAAAGGAAGAAGCCUUGGAGGUCACUUUCUCCGGCCACCAGCUCCCCAGGUUGCUUGUGGCAUGUCUUGUAGAUGGUGUCCUUGCUACAUUUCAUUUGUUGGUCAUGCCUUUCAGAUUCUGAUUUGGAAAUAGCCAAAAACUCUUGCAAUGCUCUCUUUGUGCAGCUUCCUGAUUACAACAAAAAUACUGUGGAAGAGCUUCUGGAUACCCAGCCAGGUGAAGUCAUUGUCCAAAGUUAUUUAUUUAUUUAUUGAGGUGGAGGAGGAGUACCUACAAUAUAGCUGCAUUGACCUGGAUGAGUGGAGUAUGAUCUUUCAAGAAUUAAA